GUGACCUGCUCAAUUUGCGCUGUACGGUGUCAAGGGUGGGCGUUGAAUAUAGCCUUCCAAAUUCCUAUAUAAAGCCGCCCCAUCCGCAAAUCUGGCGUUAUCUGCUUUAUCCCCUGUCUGCGCAACUCGCUCCCGCUUUCACGCGCAGCGCACGCUCUUGUCUUUUCCAACGACGACGAUAUCAUCCUCAUCGAUUUCUCCGGCCCUUCAAAGGCUUUCUCAGGUCUAUAGAGCCUUUAGCAAUUCUACCUCAGCCAAUAUGCCUCCGAUUUACGAUAAACCGACCGUGGACAAGUACGACUAUGUCGUCAUUGGUGGUGGGAGCGGGGGAUCUGGGACUUCUAGGAGAGCAGCGACGUAUGGUAAGAAGGUAGCUGUUGUGGAAGCUACCCCUCACCUUGGUGGCACCUGCGUCAAUGUUGGUUGUGUGCCCAAGAAGAUCAUGUGGCACGCUGCCGACCUACAGGACAAGAUCUUGCACCAAGCGCCAGGUUACAAGUUUACAGGCGUUGAGAACGCAAAGUUUGAUUGGGCCGCGUUCAAGCCUCAACGCGACGCAUAUAUCCGGCGGCUAAACAGCAUAUAUGCGACUAACUUCGAUAAAGAACACGUCGAAAACCACCAAGGAUUUGGGCGCGUUACUUCGCCGACAUCAGUUGAGGUAACACUCCCUGACGGCAAGGGAAAGUACACUUUGCACGCGGAUAAGAUUUGUGUUGCGGUUGGAGGUCGACCCGUCAUCCCUUCUGACGAGGAGAUUCCAGGAGCAUCCAAAGGCAUUGACUCUGACGGUUUCUUUGACCUUCCCGAGCAGCCGAAACGUGUUGCAGUGAUUGGUGCGGGAUAUAUCGCGGUCGAACUUGCUGGCAUCUUUAACGCCCUUGGCACGGAAACUCAUCUGGUUAUCCGUGGUGAGACUGUGCUCCGUACUUUCGAUCCUACGCUGCAGGAAACCCUGACUCCUUGGAUGGAGAAAUCGGGUGUCAAGUUGCACAAGAAGAGUCACGUUACAAAGGUAGAAGGCGAGCGCGGCCAGACCUUGACGGUGCACACGGACAACGGCGAAAAGAUUGAUGUUGACGUCGUGUUGUGGGCGAUUGGCCGCAAAGCAAACACGCAGGGGCUUGGCUUGGAAGAAAUAGGAGUCAAACUAGACAAGAAAGGCGACGUGGUUGUGGACGAAUACCAGAACUCCUCUGUGGAAGGCAUUACUGCGAUCGGAGACGUACAGGGCAAGUGGCUCUUGACCCCUGUCGCUAUCGCAGCCGGAAGGAGGCUUUCAAAUAGACUAUUUGGACCAGAAAAAUUCAAGGACGAUAAACUGAGCUACGUAGAUAUCCCGACUGUUGUCUUCUCGCACCCAACCAUCGGAACGGUAGGCCUGACCGAGCCUCAGGCCCGCAAGAAAUAUGGCGAUGCAGUCAAGAUCUAUAAGUCGUCAUUCAAAUCACUUUAUUUCUCCAUGGUGGACGAAGCGCACAAAGAACCGACCGUAUACAAACUUAUCUGCGUCGGACCAGAAGAACGCGUUGUUGGUGUGCAUAUUAUCGGUCAGGGAAGUGAUGAAGUCAUGCAGGGCUUCGCAGUCGCUGUCAAGAUGGGAGCCCGGAAACAAGAUUUGGACGACACCGUUGCCAUUCAUCCGACAUCGGCGGAAGAACUCGUCACCCUUAGAUGAUAGAAACAGGUGAAGGCUGUGUGUAGGCUUGGAGGCGGCGUACCUCAAAUCGUUUGCGGAAACCUCAUGUAUUUUUAAUGAUGCACACCAAUCCGAAUCGUUUAUUGUC